AUGCCAUCCCCUUUCUUGACCCCCGGGUCCAUUGCGCAGGCCAACGAUGUCGCCCUCUUGCAUCUGCGCCGCGACCAGACCAUCCCGACGAUUCUCCGCGCCACGGACAGUGAGCACGACGGCUACAAGGAAGGAAAGGUUUCAAAUACUCGUUUUGGAUCCUUCCCGCACAGCACUUUGAUCAAUCAGCCUUGGGGCUCUCAAAUUGUCGCCUCCAAGGUCGAUACUGGUUCGCGAGGCCGAAAGCCCAGCAACAAGCGCAAAGCCGAGGAGCUUGAAGCCUCUGCCACCACGACAGGCGCCGAGGACGACAGCUCCUCCGUGAAGAAACCCGAGGCCGCUGCAAGUGGUUUCCUUCACCUCACCUACCCUACUCCCGAGUCCUGGACUUUGUCCCUUCCACACCGAACCCAAGUUGUCUACACCCCCGACUACAGCUAUAUCCUCCACCGACUUCGCGCGCGCGCCGGAGCUACGGUCAUCGAAGCAGGAGCCGGCAGUGGUUCGUUCACGCAUGCUGCUGUUCGCGCCGUGUUCAAUGGCUACCCCAACGAAGAGUCUGCGACCAAGAAGCGAAGGUUAGGGAAGGUGUGCAGUUUCGAGUUUCACGAGCAAAGAGCGGGCCGAGUGAAGGAGGAGAUUUCAGAACAUGAGCUCGACGGACUGGUGGAGGUGACGCAUCGCGACGUCUACGAGGAUGGCUUCCUGCUGGGUGACCCCAAGACCGGCAGGUCACCCAAGGCGAGUGCCAUCUUCCUGGACUUGCCUGCUCCAUGGCUUGCUUUGAAGCACCUCGUCCGGAAGCCGGCUUCUGGUAUAGAAUCACCUCUCGACCCAUCUUCAACCGCCUACCUGUGCACGUUCUCCCCGUGUUUGGAGCAAGUUGAGCGCACGGUCCGCCUGAUGCGUGAGCUGGGAUGGCUGGAUAUCACCAUGGUCGAGGUCAACCACAACCGAAUCGAAGUGAAGCGAGAGCGUAUCGGAUUGGACUGCGAGGGAGUACGUGGAGCAACAGUAUUCCCUAAAUCUGUGGACGAGGCACUGUCGAAGCUCCUAACGGACGACGAACGCGCAAAGAGGUUGCGACAAGCCCAUCUUGAGGGCACUCGAGUCAAUCCCCCGUCCCAGGAAGACAUCGCCGGUGAACCCAAGGACCAAUCUACUCCCACAUAUAACCUGGGUCGCCUAGUCCAUCGAACAGAGUCGGAGAUCAAGACGCAUACCUCCUACUUGGUAUUUGCCAUUCUUCCUCGAGACUGGUCUGAGGAGGAUGAACAGAAAUGUAGGCAAAAGUGGCCAUCUGAUAAGGUGGAGGAGGAACCUAAAAAGGCCACCAAGAGCAGGAAGCAGCAAAAGAAGGAGUUCAAGGAGCUGCGUCUCCAAGAACAAAAAGAAGAACAGGAAGAGAAAGAGGAGCAAGCUACGGAGAACAGCGAGGCAUGA